AUGGAUUACUCCUUGCAGAACCACGCUUCAUACAUCGGCCGUCCGGUCUCCGAGCUUCCAACUCCCUCCCUGAUCCUCAGCAAGCCCGUCCUAGAGCGGAACACCCAAAUCCUACUGGAUGAUGUCAAACGGCUCGGGAUUACCUUCCGGCCUCAUGUGAAGACUCUCAAGUGCACCGAAGUUACGCGCAUGAUGCUCGGUGAUGGCGAGCACCGCCAGAUUGUCGCUUCGACAAUAAGCGAGAUCCGAGGAGCACUAGAUCUUGUGAAGGAAGGCAAGUUAGACGAGUGCCUCUACGGCCUCCCAAUCUCCGCCAGCGCCCUCCCCCACCUCCAAGAUUUAACAAAGAGCCUCAAAAUCAUCCUCAUGAUCGACAGCGAGCAACAAAUAGAUCUGCUCGACUCAUUCGCUUCUAAAUCAUCUUCGACCGUGGCAUGGCCGGUCUUUAUUAAGAUCGAUGUCGGUUCCAAGCGCGCGGGAAUGGUUAAUGAUUCACCCUCGCUACCGAAAUUGAUUCAGCGCAUUGAAUCUUCGUCUUCGGCUUCUGUUCAUGGUUUCUACUGUCAUGCUGGUCACUCUUAUGCGUGUCGCACGGAAGAUGCAGCUACUGCUGUACUGCAGACUGAAGUGGAGGGUGUUGUUAGUGCGGCGAGAUUCUUGGUUGGUGGGAAGUCUGAGAGGAAGAUCGUUGUUUCUGUUGGAUCGACGCCUACGGCGCACGUUGUUAGGAGGUUGCAGGGAGUUUUGCCUGAGGGGAUGGAGUUGGAAUUGCAUGCUGGAAACUACCCAGCCAACGACCUCCAGCAAGUAGCAACCUCCCUUGUCGAACCGACCCAACAGGCAGUCCGAAUCCUAGCGGAUGUCUGCAGCAUCUACCCAGAACGUAACGAAGCCCUCAUCAACGCGGGAACGGUAGCUCUCUCGAAAGAAACAAGUGAGUUCCCUGGGUACGCGGUUGUCACUGAUCGGCCCCAAUGGAGUGUUGUGCGUAUGGCGCAAGAGCAUGGAAUACUCGGCUGGGCGGAUUCCAAUCAGACGAGUAGAUUUGUUGAGAAGGUUGGGUCGAAAUCGAGUGAAGGGGAGAAGAUUGAGAGUGCGUUUACGGUUGGCGAUAAGGUUCUGCUUUAUAUCCAGCAUGCUUGUAUUACUGCUGCUAUGCAUUUUGCUUAUUAUGUUGUUGAUGGGGAUGAUAUUGUGAGGGAGACAUGGAUUCCUUGGAAAGGGUGGUGA